GUACUCUGCGCGCCGUUGUCGAUAGACGUGCGCUCAGUUAACGCGAGUUACGUUACGAGCUUUCGAAUUUUACCUGUGGAUUUUAUGUGGCAUGUGCUGUAAUUAUUAAUUACGCACAAUAAACACUUGUGGCUCUAUCUGGAUUGUUAUCUUACAUUGGUGGCCAGUGCUGUUAACCAUCAUCUUUAUUCAAGGCAUAUCCUGACAGACGUUGGUCGAACAUUGCCCGUGUCUCCAAUCUCUUGCUGCAUUGAAAAGAUUCAGUGACGCCAAGAUAAACAGAAAGGUUUUUCAUUGAAAACUACAGUUGUCUUGGCAGACUUAAAUACUUCAACAUCAUUAUGAACGAAGAAAUAAAGCUUAAGGGGAUUCAGAAAUGAGUCAGAAAACUAGAAAGAAACUUGUUGGUCAGGUCUACCUGAAGGAAAUUUUAUAGCCUAAAGCAUGUAGAAAGAUCUAAAACAGAUCUUUGCGUAUCCAAGGGCAUAUCUUGAAAUAUAUCGCUGAAAACCAAUGUGAACAUAUCCCAUUAUUUGAUGCUAGUCACCUAUAUGUGAUUAUAGAUAGUGUUAACAUUAUUGCUCAAAUUUUAUGUAAAAUAUUAAAUAUAAUAAACUUAGAUGCUAAAUUAAAAUUACAAUCGGAACGUAAAGGAAGAUUGUUUGAUUCUAUAAUUAAUAUCAACGGAAGAAAUUUAAAAUGAAAUACUACACAAUGUUCUUUUUAAGAAGAAGGACACUGAUAUUGAAAGCUGUGCUGAUUCUGACGGCAUUGUGGUUUAUGGUUGCAUUACUGACCACAAACGGUGGCACGAGGAACGCUAUCGGAGCUCCGCCGAUUGAAUAUGAAGACGCUGAGGCGAAACCGCUAAAAAUGGCUAAACCUUUAUCCACAAAAAAGAAAAGCGAGUCGUAUGGCAAUAACUUAUCUGACGCACCAACGCAAGUCGACUGGAUGGGUCGGAUCGCAGGCAAAGAAGGGCUCGGCGUAAUUGCCGCUCCUGGUUCAGACAACGCACCAGGCGAACUCGGCAAACCAGUCGUUUUGCCAACGAAUAUGAGCGAUGAUGCGAAGCAGGCAGUAUCGGAGGGUUGGAAAAAGAACGCUUUCAAUCAGUACGCGAGCGAUUUGAUAUCGGUUAGGCGGAAAUUGCCGGACCCAAGGGACGAAUGGUGUAAACAACCAGGGCGUUAUUUAGAAGAGCUUCCACAAACGUCUGUAGUUAUUUGUUUCCACAAUGAAGCUUGGUCAGUGUUGCUCAGAACCGUCCACUCAGUCAUUGACAGGUCGCCACCUCAUUUGAUUAAGGAGAUUGUGCUCGUAGACGACUUUUCAGACAUGCCGCACUUGAUGCAACAGCUAGACGAUUACAUGUCGUCCCUCCCCAAAGUGAGAAUAGUCCGCGCGACUCGACGCGAGGGUCUCAUUAGAGCCCGACUUCUGGGAGCUCGAUACGUUACCGCGCCAGUCCUAACAUAUCUCGACAGCCACUGCGAGUGCACGGAGGGAUGGUUAGAACCACUAUUGGAUAGAAUCGCUCGGAACAAGACUACGGUUGUAUGUCCUGUCAUCGACGUCAUAGAUGAUAACACUCUAGAAUACCACUACAGAGACUCAUCUUCAGUCAAUGUUGGUGGCUUCGAUUGGAAUCUUCAGUUCAAUUGGCAUCCAGUACCAGCAAGAGAAAGAGCUAGGCACAAGAACACAGCAGAGCCAGUCUGGUCUCCAACGAUGGCUGGUGGCCUUUUCGCUAUCGAUAAGGAAUUCUUCGAAAGACUUGGCACCUAUGACAGUGGUUUCGACAUAUGGGGUGGAGAGAAUUUAGAACUGUCCUUCAAAACUUGGAUGUGUGGCGGAACUCUUGAAAUAGUACCUUGUUCGCACGUUGGUCAUAUAUUCAGGAAGAGAUCGCCUUACAAGUGGAGGACUGGUGUUAAUGUUCUGAAGAAAAACUCUGUCAGAUUAGCUGAGGUAUGGCUAGAUGAUUAUGCGAAGUAUUAUUAUCAACGUGUUGGCAAUGAUAAAGGCGAUUACGGUGAUAUUACUGGCCGAAAGCAGUUGCGGGAGAAACUGGGCUGCAAAUCAUUUGAAUGGUAUUUGAAGAAUAUUUAUCCGGAACUAUUCAUCCCAGGAGAGUCAGUUGCUCACGGCGAGAUUCGAAAUGUCGCCUUUGAAAAAACAUGUCUGGAUUCGCCGACUCGCAAGUCAGACCACCAUAAACCCGUCGGACUAUACCCGUGUCAUCGGCAGGGAGGAAAUCAGUACUGGAUGUAUUCAAAGAAUGGUGAAAUUCGUCGUGAUGAAACUUGUCUCGACUAUUCGGGUCACGAUGUUGUUUUGUACCCUUGUCACGGGGCCAAGGGUAAUCAAUUAUGGCUAUAUGACCCCAAUACAAAGUUGCUAAAACACGGUUCGAGUGAAAAGUGCAUGGCGAUAACCCGGAACAAGGACAAGAUAGCAAUGGAGACAUGCAAUGAAUCAGAAACGAGACAGAUGUGGAGCAUGGAAAAUUUCAACGCCAACAGACUAAGUCCAGAACUUAUGGCUGAGUAG